AUGGAAAGAAUUAUUGCUGUAAUAUGCACUCUUGUAGAACAAGGCUUACCAUUCAGAGGAGACAAUGAACACUUUGGAUCUCCAAAUAAUGGCAAUUAUCUCGGUCUUUUAGAACUAGUGGCAAAAUUUGAUCCAUUUUUACUUGCUCAUAUCAAUCGUUAUGGACAUUCUGGAUCAGACAAUCCCUCUUCUUUCAUGGCUGAUUUUGUGUUCAACUAUUUCACUAUUGAGCUUGAAAUAGACUUUAGAAAAUGCCAUGGGCAGUCUUAUGACAACACUGCCAACAUGGCUGGAAAGUACAAUGGUAUGCAGCAAAAAAUCAUCGAAAAAAACCAAUUUGCAAAAUUUAUUCCUUGCGCAGGUCACUCUUUAAAUCUGGUGGGCCGUUCAGUUGUGGAUUGCUGCCUUGAUGCAGUGAACAGUUUUGACAUUGUCAAUGAAAUUUAUAGCUUCUUUUCAUCCUCCACAAAGAGAUGGGCAGUUCUAAAAUCAUUUUUGCCACCUCGUUCUAAAGUGCCUAAAUAUUUGUCAGACACCAGGUGGAACACACACACAAAAGCCACAGAAGCUGUUUUGGAAAGUUACAGUGAUAUCACUGAUGCCCUCAGUCAUUUGUACUCUGAUGUUAAUGGGAAGGGGGAGACCAGGCUCCAAGCUAACAAUCUUUUGCAGAAAACGGAAGAACUGGAAUCUGUGUUUAUGCUGCCUUUUUGGACCGCAUCUAAGCAAGAAAUUAAGCAAGGUGUUGAACUGUUGAUGAAAGCAUACUCAGAAGAUACUGACCUGAAACGUCUUGAUGAACUUUUGCACUUUCACCUCUUUAUGGUCACUAACUGCUCAGGAGAGAGGAGUUUUUCAAGACUCAAAAGAAUUAAAAAUGAACUAAGGGCCACAAUGUUUCAAGAGAGGUUGUCCGCACUGAGCAUUAUGUACACUGAAAGUGACAAACUUAGACAAACAAAUUUUGAUGAAGUUUUGGAGGAGAAAUUGUGA